AAUCUCUAGUCGAUAUCCUCUUAUCGACGCGCGAAUGACGCACAUUUUCGGCGUCACGCUUAAAACGGUGAAAAUGUCGUCUGAAGAUGUACUCAACAAGCUUAUUCGUGCUCCGAAAAGGCCAAAAAUAAGUGAUCUUCUUACGGAUAAAGAAUAUGGUCUACUACGUGCAACCUCAUUCGAGAAAUUCCUGAGCCACAAUUUCAAUGCCGAUACUCUAAACAAGUUAUGUUCGUCGGAAAAAGAACAGUUGCUGGAAUAUUAUAAUGAUUUAGAAAAGAAAUUUGAACGUAACAAGAAACGUAUCUUCCGUAAAGUGGGCGGUCCCACUCUAUCGAGCGAACCAAAAAUCGUCGUUCGCAAUGUCCCAGCACCAAAUGUUGCUGAACCGCUACAGCUUGCGAUUCCUCCGAUUCAAUCCGCAGAAGAAGAAGAAAGAUUACAAUCGGUCAUUCAAAAUAUCGAGGGCAUGAUGAUCCCCGAAGAGCCACCAAUUGGAGAUUUGAAUGUGUCAAUGCCUAUUCCUUUGUCGCAAGUAAUGGCACCGAAGGAGCUGUUAAUCGAAGAGCCUAUCGUGCGAUCUUCCCUCGCCGAUCUUGCGACCGAGGAACUAGAUCUAGGCCCACCAGGAGAUGCGGGGCCUUUCCUCGGGAUCGAUCUCCCAAUGCCGCUGGAAGAUUCUCAAGUGAAGGAUAUGUUGAUGAGAGAAUUUCCCAGUUUGCGACGACUGCAAAAUGUGGAUAAGUUUGUGGAUCUAGAUGAAGCUCCUUCCACGAAUUUGAUGCCACCUCCAGUGCCUACAGGAAUAUGUGCAAGUACACCGAUGGCGUCAUCUACGUUGAGAGACAUUCGUAGACGCUUGGAACACUCCCACCUUGAGGCAACCGAAAUGAGUGCCAUAAAAGCUCCUGCACCGGUCUCUGAUACGCAGCAACGGUCCGACGAGGUUCAACAGCAGAUUCUAGAAAUUGCUGAUGGUGUGACCGAGUGCCCUGUGCCAGAGUUACCAAACGUAACGACGGAGCUUACAGAAAUUUCAGCGAUGAUUUGCGUGCAACCGAUUUCUGACGUGGAGAUUCCACACAGAAGAUUGGCGAGAACUUCGAGACGUGUCGUUCCGAUUCCGGACGAGACAUCUUCAUCGUCCAACUCCUCCGUCAUUCGCCCAAAACGAGUACCGGAGCUGGUUAGAAAAGCUCCGCAAUAUAACGAAGCAUCAAUUGAUCUAAAAUUCCACCCGAGGAAGAAUUUAAAUAUAUACUAUGACGAUGAUUCUGAUUGCUAUGACGCAGGUCGAGUGAUGAUUCUGGAUGCCAUGGCACGAUAUGAAAACCGCGCUGCCCACCAGCCUGGCACGUCUAACGAGAUGCCUGCUACGCGCAUUUCCUUGCCUAUAGAUACCGAACAACGCUCAGUCUUGCGCGAGUUCAGUUCAUCCGGUGUGGAUAUUAACACUAUCCAAGAACAAACCGGUCGUCAGUCCAAAUUAUAUGUCAUUCCUGAACGCCCGCCUUUGGAGAAUCAACAAGCUGCGGGUUUGCCCGAACCAAUUAUUACGAUUCCUCUGGCAGGAAGCUCGAAACUUCCGGAAGAUCCAGCAAGAGCAAUACUACCCGAAUCGUUGCUAUUCCAGGAAAUGUCAUUGGUAGAUACCAAUCGCGAACUCGAUAUCGCACUGAUAAACCAAUCGCAGUUGCCCGAUGUUUCCAACCUGGAGGUUGGAAUACCGAAUGUGGGUGGUGACAUUGGACAGCGACAAGCCGAUGCUACGGGAGAGUUACCUAAUGUACCGGUUGGUGAUGUCAUGACUAACACACAUGUUCAAAAGGUCGUGAAGCAGGUAACUCGAACAACAGUUGAAAAGCGUGCUGUAGAUGAGCUCCACUUGGCACAACUCAAGAUGAGAGAGAAAUAUAAUAUUACAUUCAAGCUAUACCUUGCCAUCCAGAAGGAGGUUGUGGGUAUCAAGCGAAAUAUGGUAUCAAUGGAGCGUGUGUUGGAGCUAGCAGACCCUGGAAACUCAAAACUUCACCAUUGCCAACUGUUCACCGCACUGAUGACACUCAAACGUUGGUCUUUCAUUGAUAUCUGUAUGAAUGAGCAGUUCAACAUUCGGAACGUUGGAUUAUUAUUUUACUCGGUGUGAUAAUGAUAGUGAUUGUAUCGAAUCCUCGAUUCGAUUUCUAUAAUAGGGCCCAUAAUCUUGAGUUCUUUGGAUUUGGGAACAACCGCAUAUUGACCUGCAUGGAGAUGGAUUCACGAAUUCAGAGUGAAAAUUUUGCUCGUUUCAAUCACCAAUACGUUCGUAACUUCACACAUCGGAUGAAAAACCGAAGGGAUAAUGAAGUAAAGCGAUCUCCGAAUGGGAGUACCAUGUCUGCCUAAACCUAGAGACUCCCGGUGGUGAUACUAUCGUCCUACGGCAAAUUACCACCGCGCAGCAAAUUGCUUGGAAAAGACUUCUGUUUUAUUUUCAGGAUUUUUGCAUUAUAUGUACUUUUCUGUAAUUUUAUUUAGUACUAGUUUGUUUCUUCUUUUUAGCAUAUUUUUUUUUUACUUUUAUUCAUUCCUAUACCAGCAGUGUUUUCUAUCUUCUCAUUUCGUGUUUCAAUUUGUGUAUGUGUCACUAUGGUACAGAUCUGUUUGUUUCAUUUUCACUUCUCCCUAUAGCAAAUCAUUAAUUAUCUCAAAUGCUACACAUUCUGCGCUUGUUCAACUUCAUUUUUUGCUUGCAGUAGGAUUGUGGUUAAUUAAUGAAUUGUAUCAUUUUACAAAGUGAUUUUAUUUAUUUCGUCCAAUAGUAAUUUUUUACUUAAUUUUUUUUAUCACAAAAGUGUAUCAUAGUGCUUGCUGUUAGUUUGCUUACGCUAUUUACUAUAUCCUGCUGCUGUCACUAUUCCCCUUCUAUUGAUCGGGAAGCGCCAUAUCCAGGCUGCUCAGAGCGCGUGGAUGUGUCGCAAAUUGUGGACUACCAAUUGAAUAACUCGGCAUAAGGUUCAUCUCAGACGACUAAUUUAUCUUCUACAUUACCGGGAGUACAUUACUUACUACUCACGCAAGCAACGAUAAGCCAAUGUCAUGCUCAUGCCAUCUUGCGGUACGUUACAGUAACAUUUCUCAUAUCCUACAAUCCUAUCUAAGAUUUUCAUUGUUUAUUUUUUAUACAGAGUUACGCUUUCCCCGCCAAGGGUGGCUGCUAUCUACAAUGAUAACACACGCCAGGUGUGCCGCCGCGUUUGUAUGUUUAUGUGUAAUGAUCAGAAAAGUAUACACCAAUCCUGGAAGAAGAGACAUAUUAAUAAAGUCAGGAAAAUCGGAACUCGAUUUACGGAUGAAAUGCCUGUUUUUCUUCUUAUUAUUGUACCCCAGUACUCCCUCCCUUCCUUUCCGUUUCCUACUCGAUAUAUCGCUCUCUCAUACUGUGGUUCUUAUCUUUAAAGUAAUUUUUGUUACAAUCUGGCAGUUCUAGUUUUUUUUUAAUUCUUGUUUACUCAUGGUACAUGCUAUACAUGAAUAGAUAAGUUUGUUCAACUCGACCACAUCCCCCCUUCUGUCUUCUCACGACCUUUUUUCCUCAAUCGCAACCCUCGUAUGAUUUUGUUGUUGUUGUUGUUGGAAACAUACGAUACGAAACUGGCUGAUUGCACUCCACUUUUCAAGGCGGAAACAAAACAUUUUGGGUAAAUGCAAUUCGAACAAAGUAAAACAUGAUAGAAAAACAUAAAACUCAACGAGCUUACAGUGUACAAAAUUACACCAA